AUGGCCAGUGGGGUCAACGCGGCCAACGGGGUCAACGUGGUGACCAGUGGGGUCAAUGGGGUCAACACGUUGGCCAACGGGGCCAACGCGGUGGGUAAUGGGGUCAACGUGGCCAAUGGGGUCAACGUGGCCCCCAAUGGGGUCAACGCGUUGGCCAACGGGGUCAACUCAGCCAACGGGGUCAACGUGGUGACCAGUGGGGUCAAUGUAGUGGCCAGUGGGGUCAAUGCGGCCAAUGGGGUCAACGCGGCACCCAACGGGGUCAACGUGGCCCCCAAUGGGGUCAACACGUUGGCCAACGGGGUCAACACAGCCAAUGGGGUCAAUGCGGCAUCCAGUGGGGUCAACGUAGUGGCCAGUGGGGUCAAUGGGGUCAACGCGUUGGCCAACGGGGUCAACACAGCCAAUGGGGUCAACGCGGUGCCCAACGAGGUCAACACGGCCAAUAGAAUCAACGUGGCGCCCAGCAGGGUCAACACGGCACCCGUUGGGGUCAACGCGGCGGGCAGUGGGGUCAGCGCGGCCAACGGGGUCAACGCGUUGGGUCAUGGGGUCAACGCGGUGGCCAAUGGGGUCAACGGGGUCAACGCAGCACCCAACGGGGUCAGUGCUGUGGUCAGUGGGGUCAACGCGGCCAACGGGGUCAACGUCGCACCCAGUGGGGUCAACACAGCAGCCAAUGGGGUCAAUGGGGCCAACGUGUCACCCAAUGGGGUCAACGUAGUGGCCAGUGGGGUCAAUGGGGUCAACGCGUUGGCCAACGGGGUCAACGCAACCACCGGGGUCAGCGCAGUGUCCAGUGGGGUCAACGUGGUGGUGACGCCGGGGACGGCGGGGACAGCGCAGUGA